GUAUGCUAGUUGACGCAUGCGCAGACGCGUACAGUCUGCCCUCGCCUGCCACUAUAACAUUUGAUUUUUUUUUACCUAACGGUGAUUUGAGAUUAAUUUAGGAAGCCAUCGACUUAAUAAUUGACGUUGAAACCUCCCGAGACCAUGGCGGACGAGCAAGAAAUAAUGUGCAAAUUAGAAAAUAUUCUGGAAAUAAGGAACAAAACUCUUCAGAUGCAGAAGAUCAAAUCCCGCCUGAAGAGCGAAUUUGAAGCCUUGGAAUGCGAGGAGAAACACCUGAGGGAGUACAAGCAGGAGAUGGACCUGCUUCUGCAGGAGAAGAUGGCCCAUGUGGAGGAGCUGCGCCUCAUCCAUGCUGACAUCAAUGUGAUGGAGAGCACCAUUAAACAGUCAGAAAAUGAUCUGAACAAGCUGUUGGAGACCACACGCCGCCUCCAUGAUGAGUACAAGCCCCUGAAGGAACACGUGGACGCUCUGAGGAUGACUCUUGGCCUUAACAGACUGCCCAACCUUAAUGAAGAGGAGGAGAGGCUCUCAUUAGAUUACUUUGAAAAGCAGAAGGCCGAAUGGCAGAAAGAGCCGCAUGAGCCCAUCAUUCCAGAGUCAUUAGCGGCAGCUGCGGCUGCUGCCCAGCAGCUUCAGGUCGCAAGAAAACAAGAUGCCCGACAGCCAGCCACCUUCAGACAGCAGCCUCCGCCCAUGAAGGCAUGUCUGUCUUGUCAUCAGCAAAUCCAUCGCAAUGCACCCAUCUGUCCUCUGUGUAAAGCGAAGAGCCGCUCCAGGAAUCCGAAGAAACCCAAGAGAAAGCCAGAUGAAUAAAUUAAAAGAGAAUUGCCAUAUUUCCCUGUGGUAGCUGUCUUUCAGAACUUGAGUGCAUUUAACCUAAACAGUCCAUAUCUGAGUCCUGUCCGUUUUGUGUUGUGCCUCAGUAAUUGUAUUUGAUUUAAAUUUAAUAUUCAACAUCUUAUGAUUCUGUUGGGAGAAGCUUAUUAAUAACUAAGCUAAUUAAUAACACAAAUACUUAGGUUUAUACUUUUAGGUUGUUGUCAUUACAUGUUGCAAAGGGAAAUACAGUUUUGUACUGUAUGAACUGUGCAUUCAGCAUAGGAAAAUGACAUUGUGCAUAAGUAACUUCCAUAAUUUGUCAUCAGAGAUGAAAAUUCAUCUUUCACUGGUAGCAGAAAUUUAGCUUUAAUGCAUACAAACACAGGCUCAUUACAAUAAACCAACAUUUAUAUUAGUUGACAACUUGAGUAAUGAUUAUGCUGAAAGGUCGUACUUGUGUUUUUAUUCAGUGCAUGUUUGUGGUUCUAAAUAUUUCAGUAACAAGCUAUUAUGUGACUCUGUGUUUUGUACUAGCAUAGCAGCACAGCUGUUUUUGUGAACUAGUUUGUUGGUUUAUUGAAAAUGGACUAAAAUCAUUUUUCUUAUUGAGAAGUGUUAAUUGUUUCUUAAACACUGUUUUUAAAAUCUGUAUUGUCAUGUGAUGUACAUUGCGCUUUAACUCACAAAUUAGUUUGUUGAGUAAAACUGAAACAUCAGUAA